AUGACCGCACCUCGAGGUGAUGAAGGGACAAACCACACCCACCAUUCAGAGGCCUCCCAGGGUCCCCUCCCCCUGGAUAAACCAGAUCAUCUGUCCCUCACUUUCCUCCAGGGUACAACAGGGAAGUCUGCUGCUUGGAAUGCUCAGGACCAAGCUCCAGGCCUCCCAUCCCCCAGCUUAGAGCCCCAGUCACCCGCGUGGCCACACCAUGACGCAGGAGCCACUCAGGGGCCCCUGAGACUUCUGGGCAGCAACCUGGGAAACGCGUGGAGAAGGGAGAGCGACUUGCUGAGCCUGCGACAGUCCAGCCUGGGGACAUGCAGGGACAGUGACACCAGCCUGUUGGACAGCGGGUAUGCGGGGGAUGAGGAGAACAGCGAGGUCAGCCUGGUGGCCAGGAGACACAUCGUGAGGUUGCACAGAAGUCUCAACACCCAGACAGACAGCGCCCAGAGCAGCCAGCUGUGUGCCGUCUACUCCCCCAGCCAGAUAAGAGCCAGCCGGGCGCACAGAGCAGACCAGGCUGGAGGGGAAGAGCGACACCAGCCUGCCCAGCAGCGGCAGCGGCAGCGGGGCCAGCAGCCUGACCAGCAUGAGCUUCAUCACCAGGCCAGCAGCCGCCAGGGCACGCGGGAGGACGGCGGCGUGCAGACCGGGGUGAAAAGUAACACCAGUCUGCAGGAGGACGGGGCCGGAGGCAAGGCCAAGGCCAGCGACCAAGGUCGGGGGCAAGGCCAAAGCCAGGCCACCGAGGGCAAGCAGCCUGCCCAGACGUGCGUGCCUGCAUGA